CUCCCUUCCAUUUCCGUCCCCAAAUAAACGAAACAAAAUUAGCGCAUUCCCCAUCCUCCUCCGCCGCCGCCGGAGGACGGCUGGAACCGGAGACCAAGAAAGAUCGACAACUCCGCUCGCCAUUGCUCCGUUGACCGACCGGUGAUCAGGAGGGGGCGGGGCCGCCGCGGCACAGGAUGGAUGACCUGAAGGCGAUCUUGGCGCGGCCGAUCCAGGUCGCGGAGCAGGUGAUCAAGUGGGCGGAGGAGGCCCAGACGUGCCGGCAGGAGUGCCUGGAGCUCAAGACCAAGGUCGAGCGCCUCGCCUCCCUCCUCCGCCAGGCCGCGCGCGCCGACCUCUACGAGCGUCCCGCCCGCCGCAUUCUCGACGACACCGGCAAGGCGCUCGACAAGGCCGCCGCCCUACUCGACCGCUGCCGCGCUCGCGGCAUCGUCCACCGCGUCUUCACCAUCAUCCCCGCCGGCUCCUUCAAGAGGACGUCCAACCAGCUCGACAACUCCCUCGGCGACCUCUCUUGGAUCCUCCGCGUGUCCAACUACGCCAACGCUGGCGAUGACCUGGAUGACCACAUUGGCUUGCCCCCCAUUGCCCAGAACGAGCCCAUACUCUUCCUCAUCUGGGAGCAGAUCGCCGUGCUCUACACCGGCACAUUCGACGCCCGCGCUGACGCCGCGGCUAGCGUUGUCUCACUCGCGCGCGACAAUGACCGCUACGGAAGACUCAUCAUCGAAGAGGACGGCGUCCCGCCUCUGCUGCGCCUCAUAAAGGAGGGCCGCCCCGAGGGCCAGGAGAACGCCGCGCUCGCCAUCGGCCUCCUCGGCCGCGACCCGGAGUGCGUCGAGCUCAUGGUGCUCGCCGGCGUCUGCACCGCCUUCUCCAAGAUUCUCAAGGACGCGCCCAUGAAGGUGCAGGGUAUGGUGGCGUGGGCCGUGUCCGAGCUCGCCACCAACCACCCCAAAUGCCAGGACGCGUUCAUGCAGAGCAACGUGAUCCGCCUGCUGGUGUCCCACCUCGCCUUUGAGACGGUGCAGGAGCACUCCAAGUACGCCGUCGCGUCCAGGAUGAGCCUACACUCCGUUGUCAUGGACAAGAAGGGCAGCGGCAAAUACUCGUCCCAUCAGGACACAUUUGAUGCGGCGGAGCACACCGCGGCCAACAGCUUGUCGGCGAAGCCCACAGUCGGUGGUAGCGCCGCUGCCGGUAGUAACGCCGCUGUCGGUGGUAACGCCGCUGCCGCCGCUGCCACCGCCGCCGGUGGCACCAGCUCAAGUGGCGUGACGGCAGCUGCGGCUGCGAGCAUUGGCAGCGUUGCGGGGACGAAGCAGCACAAUGUGUCCUUGUCGGGGACGAGCACGCGAGGGAAAGAAUACGAGGACGAAGAGACCAAAGCCUACAUGAAAUCCAACGCAGCCAGAGCGCUGUGCCAGCUAGCCAUGGGCAAUGCCGCCGUGUGCAAGAACAUCACGGAGUCCAGGGCGCUGCUCUGUUUCUCCAUCCUCCUGGAGAAAGGCGCCCCAGACGUGCAGUACAACUCGGCCCUGGCGCUCAUGGAGAUCUGCCGUGUGGCGGAGCAGAACGCGGACCUCCGGCGGUCGGCGUUCAAGCCGACGUCCCCCGCGGCGCGCGCCGUGGUGGAGCAGCUCCUCCGCGUGGUCACCAAGGCGGAGUACGACGAUCUCCUCAUCCCCUGCAUCAUGUCGCUGGGCUGCCUGUCGAGAACCUUCCGGGCGACGGAGACCCGGAUCAUCGGGCCGCUGGUGAACCUCCUCGACGAGCGGGAAGCCGACGUGUCCCGGGAGGCUGCCGUGGCGCUGACCAAGUUCGCCUGCACGGACAACUACCUCCACGUGGACCACUCCAAGGCCAUCAUCAACGCCAGCGGCGCCAAGCACCUGGUCCAGCUGGUCUACUUCGGGGAGCAGGUGGUGCAGGUGGCGGCGCUCCUCCUGGUGUGCUACAUCGCGCACAACGUCCCCGACAGCGAGGACCUCGCGCAGGCGGAGAUCCUCACCGUGCUGGAGUGGGCGUCCAAGCAGGCGUACAUGGUGCAGGACACGUUGAUCGAGAACUUGUUGCCGGAGGCCAAGAUCAGGAUGGAGCUCUACCAAUCCAGAGGGGCAAAAGGUUACCAUUAA